AUGGAAGAGUACGAGGAGAGAAAGGCAGUAGUCUGUGGUAUUGUUACAGCAUGGGGCGAGUCCUUGCUGUCGCUGCCGAAGCGCUGGCUGAGCACCCAGGUGUACGGCUCCGACGACGAGGACUUCCAGAAUGUCCAACUGGCGAAGUUACCAGUCCCGGAGCUGGAGACGACCAUGGAGACAUACCUGGAGUUCGCGGCGGUGGUGGUGAGCCAGCAGGCUCUGGAGCACUCGCGGGGGCUGGUGAGGGGCUUCAUGGAGGAGCUGGGCCCGCGCCUGCAGGAGACCCUCACCGAUAGGCAGAAGGAGAUGGACAACUGGGUGACGGACUGGUGGCUGGACGACAUGUACCUGAAGGUGCGGCUGCCGCUGCCCAUCAACUCCAACCCUGGCAUGGUGUUCCCUCGUCGCCACUUCGCCAAGAUGGAAGAAGUGGCGGACUUGGGCGCGCUCUUCAUUGACGACCUUCUCGAUUAUAAGGAGAUGCUGGACAGAGGUGAGCUUCCACUAGAACGUGCCACCAGUCGCGAGAAGGGUCAGCCCCUCUGCAUGGAGCAGUUCUACCGACUGCUGGGGGUUUGUCGCAUCCCCGAGGUGGGGAAGGAUCGCCUGGAACUGCCCCAAGUCAAGCGAGGAGUUGAAGAACCAGAGGAACUCAUCGUCGUCGCCUGCAGGAACUACUUCUAUCCCAUCCCAGUGAAAGCAGCGGACCGAGGCAGGCUGACUCCUGGUGAAAUGCAGGCUCAGCUCCUGCACGCCAUGGUGGACGCGGCCGGGGCACCUCCAGCGCCCAGGGUCGGCCUGCUUACAUCUAUGAACCGGGACCAGUGGGCCAGGGCUAGGGAACAGCUUAUAAAAGACGAGAUGAACCGCAUGAACUUGGAGCUGAUCUCCCGCGCGCUGUGCAUCCUGUGCCUGGACGAGGCGGGGGGAGACAGGGCUGAUACUGAUGCUGACACCAACGCCAUGCUGCGAGCCAUGCACGGCGCCGGCACCCGUCAUCAUUCCGCCAACCGGUGGUUUGAUAAGACCGUACAGCUGAUCAUCUCAUCAGACGGCACAGUAGGCAUGUGUUACGAGCACAGCGCGGCUGAAGGAGUGGCAGUCGUUCGUCUGGCAGAGCGCGCGCUGGCCAGGGCUGAGGUGGCCGACAGACCAGCGCCUCCACCGGCACUCCUGCCGGCUCCACAAGCCAUGAAGUGGAACAUCACCCCUGACGUGCAGAGCACCAUCGAGACUGCUGCUAGGGAUCUAGACAGGGCCAUCUCAGACCUGGACCACAAAGUAUACACAUACCGCGGGUAUGGGCGUGAGUUUAUGAAGUCGUGCCGCACCAGUCCUGACGUCUACAUCCAGCUCGCCAUGCAGUAUGCUUAUUAUAAGAUGUAUGGGUACCUCGUCACAACAUACGAGUCAGCCUCCCUGCGUCGCUUCCGUAAUGGGCGCGUGGACAACAUCAGAUCAGCUCACGGCGCAGCCCUGGCCUGGGCAGCAGCCAUGUGCACGGCAGAGACUCCACCCCUCAACGACGGAGACGACGGACAGAAGAAGGUGUCUUUCAAUUUGUAUGGGGAGCAAAAGAAAUUGGAGUUGUUUGAAGAGGCAGCUCGCAAGCAGACGGCCAUCAUGGAAGCCAACAUCCUGGGCAAAGGAAUUGAUAACCACCUGCUGGGACUGCGGGAGGCGGCACGCGAGACCCUGGGCGAAGUGCCCCCGGUGUUCUGUGACACCACCUACAAGCAGAUGAUUGAAUUCAAGCUGAGCACUAGUCAGGUGACCACCACAACGGACGGCACAUUCAUGGGCUACGGCGCCGUCUGCCCCGACGGGUACGGCUGCAGCUACAACCCCAAGAAGGACAGCGUCAUCUUCUGCAUUUCCUCCUUUACCUCCUCUAGCGUCACCAACACGGAAGCUUUCCGUCAGUCCUUGGAGGAAGCCCUCGACUCCAUGAAACUCAUGUUCCAAGCUAAGAAGGUGGAUAACUGAGGUGGUAAGGUUCCUUGGAGAAAGUUUGUGGUAUCCAAAUAGUUGGCACCAGCACAGGUUAGAAUGGAAACGCACUGUCCUUUGGUUUUAGAGUAGGCAAAAAAGAUAAAGUUGAUUGGUUUUAGCUGAAUUGGAGCGCGAUUUGAAAUGGAGGAAUUAGAGUUGGUGUUUAAAAAGUAUUAUUAUAAAAACCCCUCCUACGUCUUAAUUAAAUUACCUUUUUGAUAUUAAAAAAAAAUGGAGCUGAAAGCUGGAAUUCAAAGAUUAUGUGCAAUAUUAAAGUCAGCUAUAAAUAUUAUAUGUGCUGAAACUUAUAAUACAUAACUGUAAAUGGCAUGAUAAAAUCAACGUAUAGCAUUUUUUUGUUUCGUGGAAACUUAUACGAUCUCUUUUUGUAAAUAUUUACAUUUAUUUUAUUGAAAAUUAUUCGGAUGUUGACUUAAUGCUAAUUCUCGUAUUAAUUAACCAUUGAAGUUAUAAAAUAUUAUAUAUCAGUAUGCAAAAUGCACGUUAGGUAAGAAAACUUGAACAUAUCAUGAAGGACUUGUUAGAAACAAUAUAAGGAUCUCAAAGAUUUUUAUAAAACUUUUUAUCAAAAUUAUAUCGAUACUCGAUACAAAAAAAAA